GCCUCCAGGGCACGGCGGGGAGCGGGGGCAGCUCCCGCUGUCUGCUGGAAGCGCCGGGUGGCUGCUCAGUGGCUCCUCCUUGGGCACGGGUCCUGGGACAGUAGGCACCAUAUAAGGCUGGCGUGACUAUGACUGAGGGCGACAGCCUCAUCUCUGUGGACUAUGAAGUCUUUGGGAAGGUCCAAGGAGUGUUCUUCCGCAAGUACACCCAGGUGUGUCUGCUGCAAAUGCUGGAGCAGAGGGCUGAGGGUAAGAAGCUGGGGCUGGUUGGCUGGGUCCAAAACACCGAAGAUGGCACUGUGCAAGGACAAAUCCAAGGUCCCAGUGUCAAGGUACGGGAGCUGCAGGAAUGGCUCAGGAAGACAGGAAGCCCCAAAUCCCACAUCAGCCGAGCAGAAUUCCACAAUGAGAAGAAGAUUGUUGCACUGGAGUACAGGAACUUCAGCAUUGUGAAAUAACUAGACUGAAAGACAGAAAGCACUGAGGAGGGAGUUGAGCUCUCAAAAACUUCCCCACCAACCUUUACUUGUUCAGUCAGAUAGUGUCCAAAAACAGAGAGCCCUUAGUUUUAUCUUGUUACUGUUCUAAUUUAUUGUCUGUUUGUUAUAGUAUUUAACCCUGAAUCUUCCUGAAUGCCAUGGGCAGGAAAACAGGCAGACUGGAGGGUGAGACUGCCUUUAAUAAAGAGAUUGUUUGGAAACCCAACCUCUCAUAUCUGAAUUUAUUUGCAACCAUUCAAACUCAUUUUGUGUAUAAGAGAACACACAGUCAGUAUAGUAUCCCAUCUAGUUCACAAAAGUCACAUAACCAGCCUUGGAAUUGAUACCUUGAAGGGCAGAACCAUGGAAUUUUGGUUUCUUCUAAUAUUAAAUACUGUUAAAGAAUCAUUUACCUCUCUCUAUUAAGUUUCCAGUUCUCAGAAACAGCUGUUUUAUCUUCCAUCCAGCAAUGACUGUAUUUGACAGUUUCUAUUCUAUUGGGUGCCUUGUGUGUACUUCACACUAGCAUCAUUGAUGUUUUUGGGUGACGGUUGGCCAAGCUGGGAAAGCUUUUAGUGGUACUGCAGCAACACAGCCAGCAGGGGAUAUUGCUGCUGCUGCUGCUUGUGAUGUUUUUCACAAUAUAUGAAUGAAUAUAGGGCUGGUACAAGACCAAAAUCCCUAGAAAUUGAGGUCUUCUCUCUGUCCCCUCAGAUUGUGGUAGAGUAGUAGCACAGUAUGCCCAAUGCCUUGAUGCUAAUUCUCUAGGAGGGAGAGGAAAAUUUAGUCUGUGUAGCCGAUUCAGCCUUUAGGCUCUAUACUGAGACUGCCAAUAAAGUGGUUGAUUAAAACCAAUUGUAGCAGUGAUGGUGGUUUUGUCAUGUUGGCACUUGGCUAUUAGCAGGUAGACCUACCAACUCAUUUUGCAGGUGGAGCUGCCAUAAUGGGUUUGAAAUAGGACCGGCUUCUUAGGGUUACCAUAUUACUAUUAUUUUUGGCAUGCAUCCCUGUACAAUCAUGGUAUACUAUUGUUAUUAGUUCAUCCAGUUAUUCUGAAACAUAAGAUUUUUUUUGUCCCAUUUUCAGUAAACUUAGCCUGCCCACUACUUCUUUGUGUGAGCCCAGAUUGCUGUGUAGUAGACCCUGUAUGCUGCUCUCGCUGAGAUUUUGGUACACUACCAUGUGAGGCACACCAGCAUAGAGGCAGCUGGCCUCCAGUCAGUGUUAACAUAGGGAGAGGAAGAAGUGAAUCAGGAAUGCAGAAGGAAUGAG